UACAUACUUUAAUGCAGUACUUUUACUUGUAGUAAAGUGUUUUCACAGUGUGGUAUUGCUACUUAGUAAAGGAUCUGAAUACUUCGGCCACCACUGUUGAAAUGUAAUCUUUCAGUUUUCCUCUAGUUAUCACCGGGCUGCUGCUGCUGCUGCUGCUGCUGUGUGUCAUAGUGCGGCUCUGUCAGCAGGUGGCGCCCCGCAGCGGACAUCAGCUGCCUCAGCUCAUCGGUGCUCAGUUCGAUCGGUUCAGCAUCUGUCUGCAGCUCUCCUCCCGUACAAUUCCCCCACACGGUCUUCCUCGAUACCUUUUUAAUAUCAAAUUUCAGGCUGCACAAAUAUUUCUUUUUAACUGUCGGAAAAGGGGACUGCUUUUUUGAAGAAUAUGGAACAAGAGAGAAAAUCCUCUAAACAGUACGGCUCUUUGGAAAAGACGCAGGUGGACGGAAAGACGGAGAAAUCAAAGGAUGUCAUUUCCAUGGCUGACUCCACAAUUACAAUCGAGGACAUUGAAGGAGAGCUGUGCAAAAUUGAGCGGAUAAGAGACAUCCUCGUACGGAGAGAAUCAGAGCUGAGAUACAUGAUGGAUGACAUACAGCUCUGCAAAGAAAUCACAAGGCUGAAGACUAAGCUGCACAAACUUGUCUCAGUUCCAGACAAGGACAAGUCCAAGGAGGACAGGGAGAGGGAAGAAGAGCUGCUGCAGCAGAUCAACAAGCUGGUGGAGACCAGAGACUUCCUCGUGGAUGACGUGGAGUUUGAAAGGCUGAGGGAAAGAGAGGAAGACAGAGAAAUGGCAGCCUUUUUACAGUCCAAAUUUCCAAAGACAUUGGCUGCAAAAGGUGCUUUGCAAGAUCAAACGGUGGAGUCCAAAUCCCAGCACACAUCAGCGCCAUUUAUCACUAAAACUGGACUUACGCUACUGAAAGACUGCUGCGGAUUCACCUGCUCCAUCAUGUAACACUGUCCAGACCAAAACAGAAGAUUCUUCCUGCCUCUGUGUGUGUGUGUGUGUGUGUGUGUGUGUGUGUGUGUGUGUGUGUGUGUGUGUGUGUGUGUGUGUGUGUGUGUGUGUGUGUGUCUGUGGAUGCACAUGUGAGCCUCCCCAGUGCUUUCAUGCGUAUAUUGUAGGUCUGCCCUAUUAAGAAAGAUUAGCUGCAUUCAUCUUCAUAUGCUCAUAUGCAUAUAAUGUAAACGAUUAUAAUAUAUUAUGUGAUUUGCUACUGUGAAAUACUGUGUCUGUAUGUCUUGCAGUGGGGGAGCUGUCUGGCUUAUAGAUAUACUAAUGGUUUCUGUCCAAUCAAGGUAAUUAGAUAUUAUUAUGGCUGCUCUGACUAUCCAUUUGUGAUGUAUUAGACACUGUAAGAGUAGACAUCCCUGAGGGAAUAAACUUGCUGAAAUACUGCAGCAGAGUAUUAUAAUAACGUUGUUAGGACUGCAGCCAGUGAUUACUUUCAUUAUUGAUUAAUCAGUUUUUUAAGAAAUCUUUUCUUAUUCUUCAAUUAAUUGUUUGGUCUAUGAAAUGUUCCAGUUAACACUAGCUGCAGCGGAGGAGAGAUGCAGUAUAUUGAGGUAACGUAAGAUGACAAUUUUAGGAAAAAAAUAAAAACCUUCAUCAUUUGGCACAAAAUAAUUAUUUGAAUUUUACACAAGAAUUAUUGAUGAUUUGUAAUGUUUAUUUGUCAUUUUAACACAAAAGAAGACAAACAACCUGUUUCUGGCUGUGAUCAUUGCACACAUUACAUUUUACACAAUUGUUUACUUCAUUGUCAGUUUUACUUGGGCAGAUCUGACACUCUUUCCACUUGACCUGCUGUCCUCUCUCCUGUGGCUGUGUUGUGGCUUUAGCCACCCAACACCUCCGCACUGCUUCACUGGACUGCGUUGAUAGUUGGAGGCAGCCUUCUGACCUUCUCCUUAGUAAACUGAGGAAAUGCUGUGACCGUAUAGUGAAAGUCUGGGUUGUCUUCAUCUGAGCUGUCAGAAUGUAAAUCUGACUCCAUCACUGAUUCCUCAUCCACCAUCUAUAAAACCAUUUCAGAUGUAUAUCUGGUAGCUGUCAACACUACAAAUAAAGAAAUACUAAAUCAAGAGAA